AUGCCGGAUAUUUCGAUCCUGACCCAGCGUGCAAACUCUUGGGCAUCGCCUAAGUCUAUUCAGCCCACAAACUCGCUUGUGAUAACACAAGUUCCUCGAACAUUUUUUCAACCUUCGAUAAUCAAUGCUUUGCGCGACCACUUUGCUACAUACGGCGAGAUUAACCAAUGGGUGCCGAUAGCGUCAUUUUCUCGUAUAAUCCUCGUAUAUUACGCAGAGGAAGUUGCAGAGGUCGCGAAGAACGCUUGUGAUCCUCUUAUUUUGACUCUCCCACACAGAAUACCCACGAUUUUGAGAGUAUAUCGUUCUGAACCCAAUCCCAUAUUUUCGCCGUCAUCACCAACGGCAGACGAAAAUUUUCUACGUCCUCCGCCGAUCGAAAAGAACUUCCUUAUCUCACCACCUGGAUCCCCACCCAUCGGCUGGGAACAAAUUCGUGAAGAUCCACCAAAUGCUGCACCUCUCGCAGAUGAUCUUAUAGCUGCACUUCGCAAGUUGAAAUUGCAGGAAAGGCGGUCUAGCCGAGAAGUGCUGCUAGAACCUGAAGAUGGCGUAGGAGUGGGAGUAUACGUCGAGGACUGCGAUAUGAUUGACGAUGAUGCGGAGGAAGUCGACUGGGAGUAUGGCUGUCCAUCUCCGGCCAGGCUACGAUGGAAACCUAUAGCAACCGCCAUGCCACCAGUACAAGUGCAGUGA